CUGCUGAAGAUGUGGAGCCGCGGGCGGCGGACCCUCCUCGCCCAGCCCGGGCCUUCCCGGAUCCUGCCGCUGCUGCUGCUGCUCCUGCUGCUGCCGUGCCCGGCGCUCCUGGCGCACAUCAAGAAGGCGGGGGCCACGGCCACGGCCACGGCCCCGGCCCCCGGGGCUCCCGCCGAGCCCGCGCCGGGCCCGGGGCCCGAGAGCGCCGGCCCCUUCGGCCGCUACUACCACGAGGCGGAGCUGGGCGCGGAGCUGGCGGCGGCCGCGCGGCCCGGCCUGGGCCGCCUCUACAGCCUGGGCCGCUCGCUGGAGGGCCGGCCGCUGUGGGUGCUGCGCCUGACGGCGGGCCUGGGGGGCCAGGGCCAGGAGCAGGAUCCGGCCACCGUCGGGCCGGACCCGGGGCCACGCAUCCCCGGGCGGCCGCAGGUGAAGCUCGUGGGUAACAUGCACGGCGACGAGACGGUGUCUCGGCAGGUGCUCGUGUACCUGGCGCGGGAGCUGGCGGCGGGCUACGCGAGGGGGGACCCCCGCCUCGUGCGGCUGCUCAACACCACCGACGUGCACCUGCUGCCCAGCCUCAACCCCGACGGCUUCGAGCGCGCCCAGGAGGGCCGCUGCGACCCCGCGCCCGCCGACGGCCGCGCCGGCCGCUACAACAGCCGCGGCCACGACCUCAACCGCAGCUUCCCCGACCAGUUCGGCACCGGCGAGCCCCCAGCGCUGGACGAGGUGCCCGAGGUGCGCGCCGUCAUGGACUGGAUCCGGAGCAACAAUUUUGUGCUUUCGGGAAACCUACAUGGUGGCUCUGUGGUGGCCAGCUACCCUUUCGACGAUUCUCCUCAGCACAAGACCAGUGGGAUUUAUAGCAGGACUGAUGACGAUGAAGUCUUCAAAUACUUGGCCAGAUCCUACGCCUCAAAACACCCGAUCAUGAAAACUGGUGAUCCCCGCUGUCCUUCAGAUGAAGACGAGACUUUCAAAGAUGGGAUCACCAAUGGAGCCCAUUGGUAUGACGUGGAAGGUGGUAUGCAGGAUUACAACUACAUGUGGUCCAAUUGUUUCGAGAUCACGUUAGAACUGUCCUGUUGCAAGUACCCGCCUGCUUCUCAGCUUCGUCAGGAGUGGGAGAACAAUCGGGAAUCUCUGAUCACAUUUAUCGAAAAGGUCCACAUUGGAGUUAGAGGGUUUGUGAAAGACUCCACGUCUGGUUCUGGCCUGGAAAAUGCUACCAUCUCGGUGGCUGGCAUCAACCAUAAUAUCACGAGCGGCAAAGAUGGCGAUUUCUACAGACUGCUUGUCGCCGGGACUUAUAACAUCACAGCAGUCUCUGUUGGGUACAUGCCGAUGACAGUCAGUAACAUAGUGGUGCAAGAAGGUUUGGUCACGGAGGUGAACUUCCUGCUCCGGCCCACGGUGAUCCUCUCUGUGGAGCCGAAGACAUCAGUGCCCAGUGUGGCCCCUGUUACAGAUGCCCCCGAGACUACCGCCUCCCACCAGCCCAUCCAGCCCCAGGACUUUCACCACCACCAUUUCCCUGACAUGGAGAUUUUCUUGAGGAGGUUUGCUAAUGAGUACCCCAACAUCACCCGUCUGUAUUCGUUAGGGAAAUCUGUCGAGUCAAGGGAGCUUUAUGUGAUGGAGAUAUCAGAUAAUCCAGGUGUCCAUGAACCAGGUGAACCAGAAUUUAAAUACAUUGGAAACAUGCAUGGGAAUGAAGUUGUGGGCAGGGAGCUGCUGCUGAACCUCAUCGAAUUCCUCUGCAAGAACUUUGGGACAGACCCGGAGGUGACCGAGCUGGUCCGUAGCACCAGGAUCCACCUAAUGCCCUCCAUGAACCCUGAUGGCUACGAGAAGUCUCUGGAAGGAGACUCCACAGGCGUAGUCGGCCGAAACAACAGCAACAAUUUUGAUCUGAACCGGAAUUUCCCGGACCAGUUCUUCCAGAUCACAGACCCUGUGCAGCCUGAGACAACGGCCGUCAUGAGCUGGCUGAAGACCUACCCGUUUGUGCUGUCUGCCAACCUGCAUGGAGGUUCUUUGGUCGUGAACUACCCGUAUGACGAUGAUGAGCAAGGAGUUACUUCCUAUAGCAGAUCUCCAGAUGACACUGUGUUCCAACAUCUGGCUCUUUCUUAUUCCAAGGAGAAUUCUGAGAUGUAUCAGGGCAGCUCCUGCAAGGAUAUGUAUCCUGAUGAGCAUUUUUCCCAUGGAAUAACCAAUGGAGCCAACUGGUACAGUGUCCCAGGCGGGAUGCAAGACUGGAACUAUCUCAACACAAAUUGCUUUGAAGUGACGAUCGAAUUAAGUUGUAUAAAAUACCCUUACGAGAAGGAUUUGCCCAAGUAUUGGGAGCAGAAUCGCAGGUCUCUGAUCCAGUUCAUGAAGCAGGUCCAUCGAGGUGUCAGAGGAUUUGUACUGGAUGCCACGGACGGCCGAGGCAUCUUAAAUGCCACCAUCAGCGUAGCUGACAUCAACCAUCCCGUCACCUCUUACAAAAGUGGGGACUACUGGCGCCUCUUGGUUCCUGGAACUUAUAAAAUCACAGCUUCGGCUCGAGGAUACAAUCCUGUCACGAAGAAUGUGACUGUGAAGGAUGAAGGGGCGGUCCAGGUCAAUUUCACACUCGUGCGAUCCUCAUCAGAUUCCCGGAACAAGUCCAAUAAGAUAAAGGAGAUCAUAGCGGACAGUGGCACAAGCGACCCGACGACCAAGGAAUUCGAGACCUUAAUCAAAGACCUGUCAGCGGAGAACGGCCUGGAGCGCCUCAUGCUCAGCUCUUCGCCCAAUCUGGCCCUGUAUCGCUACCACUCCUACAAGGACCUGUCAGAGUUCCUGCGAGGACUCGUCAUGAACUACCCCCACAUCACCAAUCUCACCAAUUUGGGUCAGAGUGCUGAAUUCCGUCAGAUCUGGUCCCUUGAAAUCUCCAAUAAGCCUAACAUGUCUGAGCCCGAGGAGCCCAAGAUUCGAUUUGUGGCUGGAAUCCAUGGGAAUGCCCCCGUCGGAACGGAGCUGCUCCUGGCCCUGGCGGAAUUCCUCUGCCUGAACUACAAGAGGAACCCAGCUGUUACCAAAUUGAUUGACAGGACUAGAAUUGUGAUUGUGCCUUCUCUAAAUCCAGAUGGGCGGGAGAGAGCACAAGAGAAGGCCUGCACCUCCCCGAUGGGGCGCACCAACGCGCACGGCAAGGACUUGGACACGGACUUCACAAGCAAUGCCUCCCAGCCUGAGACCAGAGCCAUCAUUGAGAACUUGAUCCAGAAGCAGGACUUCAGUCUGUCUGUGGCUCUGGAUGGGGGCUCCGUGCUGGUCACUUACCCCUACGACAAACCCGUGCAGACAGUGGAAAACAAAGAGACUCUGAGGCAUUUGGCAUCUCUCUAUGCCAAUAAUCACCCGUCCAUGCACAUGGGACAGCCCAGUUGCCCAAAUAAAUCAGAUGAGAACAUUCCAGGAGGAGUGAUUCGUGGGGCGGAGUGGCAUGGACACAUGGGCAGCAUGAAGGAUUACAGUGUCACAUAUGGCCACUGUCCAGAGAUCACCGUAUACACCAGUUGCUGUUACUUCCCCAGUGCUGGACAACUCCCUACCUUGUGGGCAGAGAACAAGAAAUCCCUUCUUAGCAUGCUGGUAGAGGUCCACAAGGGAGUCCGUGGAAUCGUCCAGGACAAGAGUGGAAAACCGGUCUCUAAGGCAGUCAUUGUCCUCAAUGAAGGCAUCAAGGUGCACACGAAGGAGGGUGGCUAUUUCCACGUGCUCUUAGCCCCCGGCUUCCAUAACAUCAAUGCCAUCGCCGAUGGCUACCAGCAGCAGCAUUCCCAGGUCUUUGUGCACCAUGAUGCGGCCAGCUCAGUGGUCAUCGUCUUUGACACAGACAACCGGAUCUUUGGCUUGCCCAGGGAGCUUGUGGUGACCGUAGCAGGUGCCACCAUGUCAGCAUUGGUGUUGACAGCCUGCAUCAUCUGGUGUGUCUGUUCCAUCAAGUCCAACAGACACAAGGAUGGUUUCCAUCGGCUCCGGCAGCAUCACGAUGACUAUGAGGACGAGAUCCGAUUGAUGGCCACGGGCUCCAAGAAGUCCCUCUUAAGCCACGAAUUCCAGGACGAAACAGACACGGAAGAGGAGACGCUGUAUUCCAGUAAACACUGAGCCGCCCGUCUCUCCCCUGCCUACGUCCUGAGCUGGAGGAGGGCUCCCUGCUUCCGGGAGAUGCCAUGUUUGUGCAGGCGGGCAGGAGGCCAUCUGUCCUGCAUCUUCAGAAAGCUUUUAGAAAAGUGAACUGGCUAAAAAAAAAAAUGUGUAACCUCCAUGAAUACGGAAGAUCUGGUCCUCCUUCAAUGUACUCUCAUUUUUUUUCCUUUUUUUUUGAUCUCUUUCUAUUUAUGCAUCAGAGGUGGGGCAAGACACAUUCUCCCCCACUCGCACCCCCUUUUUUUUUUCCAACAAAACCCAGCUGUCUAGCUCAUUUAAUGGCAGCCUCGAGCUGACUGGUAGAUGUUGCGUUUGCAUUCCGGGUAUUUGCUAGUGGCUUUAGCUUCUGCCCCUUGUUAACAAGCCUCUCCACUUCCCUCCCCCUGAAACAGGACUGCAGGGAUAGCUGUCAGCAUCAGUGGUAUGAAGCUUUAAAGGGCUAGGUUUCUUUCAACCUUCUGAGGAUUUUUUUUCUUCUAGUUUAUAAAGUAAUGAGUUUCCUUUUGUUAUUUACGUGGAAUGGAGGCUAAGUUGAGUUUUAAGAGAAAAAAGAAAAGGCUUGUGGGGCUUCUCUAUCUUAAAACUAAUUGGGAGCUGUCAGGAUAAACUCCAAAAUGGGAUCUCACUACCUCUCUUGUUAGAUUUCACAAAGCUGAAUAUUCUGCUUUUCAGGGGGAAACCAGUAGGCCUCAUAGUGGAGGGUCUCAAUGAGGCUUUCAGAAGAGAGAGGAGGAGGAGGAGGUUUAACCAUGGUGACUCAGUUUGCCUGUCUUGAACUGAGCUAAACACAAACCCAUAGGUGCCCUGCUGCAGUCACCUGCGGAGCUUGGGCUCAUCACCAGGAGGAUGCUUGGCUUGUUAAUGUUUCCCUAAACCAGGACCUUUGCUAUACUGUGUUAGCCAUGUUGCUUCAUCUGGUCCGUCCAGCCCGUUUGCUGGCUGGCAUUCUAUGGACGGCAUCUGGAAGUGUUGAGGAUGGGCCUCCUCUUUUGCACAUUCUCAACCUCUGUUUAAACCCACAGCACCCACCCACCCUCUUAACAUUAUUCUUCAGCCCAAGCAGCAUUGACAGCAUCAUGCUAUGAGCUGCCAAAUGUUCCUCCUCCUUGUGGAGCCUGGCUGAUGUCACAGACUCAGGCCCUUGCAGAUAUGCGAGCUGCUCAUCCCAGCAGUUCCACUGAGAGCUUCUCUCUGAUUUAACUCACGCGGUUCUGGUUGGGCGGCAGGGUCUUUAAAUAUGGCUGUCACCCAUCAAGUGAGCAGUAUUGGGUGAUGAAGGUGUUUUCUCUACAGCUGGUCAGUCGGGUUAUUCGGAAGACAGGAACAGCUUGAAUUUUAUCAUGUCGAAUAUCACAGUCGUGAAUUGGGCAGAAGUGUGAGUUAUGGUCAUGGGAUAAUGAGAACAUCAGAUAACCUCUCAGUAUCCUAAUGGCCUAGUUGCACAUCAAGGGUUCAGAAUAACUUGUCUCUUCUGAUCGUAUUGAGCAUCCAUAUGUCGGUCCUCCAUCCCAGAGCCCUUCCUCUGAGUUAUUCAGUGCCAGCCAGUAACAUUCAGCAUGGCUUGGGUAUAGAGUGGUAUCCAGAGACUUGGUGAAGUAGGAUUCGUCAUUGUGCCAAUGAAACUGCUGAGGGUCAGUUUUAAAUUGUGCUGGUUCAGAAUUAAGUUGUUCUUCUGGCAGGCUUGGGCUCAGAAGCCCCUCCAGGAGAGGAGUUCGUGGGGUGCCAAAGUAAUGGUUAUUAUAAGUUUACUGGUCCUUAUCCCUUCCCCUUUAAUAAUAAUUUAACAUUUCUUUGGGUACUAGACUCAUUUCAUCCGCAUUUUCAAAGUGCUUUAUCAAGUAACCAACAAAAAAACUUUUGGAUUCAGCUUUUAAAGCAUCAUUUUAACUUGAGUGGCAGGUUCCACUUGGGAUGGUUCAGGUGGAAAGGAAAUGCCAUUGGCCUGAGAUGAGAGAUGAUGCAUCAGUCUUCACUUGCCAAGAGUAAUGCUUUCUGUCAGAAGGUGGCUUAAGAAUCUCUACUUCUUCCUGGAACUCAAACGUCUUGUUUUUCAGUUGAAUUCACCAAGAAUGUAUGGAGUACCUGCUACGUGCCAGGAACUAUUCUAGGUGCUGGGGAUAGAAAGACAAAAAUAAGACAGCCCAGGCCUGCCCUCCAGAAGCUUACCUUCUACUUUCAUCUGUCAGCUGUUGGGGGGCAUGUUGAGCAUGGACAGGGGAGUUGGAAGAGGGAGUUCUUUGGGUCUUUUUUUUUUAAUUUUUGAAAGGAAAACCAAAUUUUGCUCUACAUUUUAAGUUAGGUUAAAAAAAUAGAACCUUUUUGUCUUAAAAUGAGGAGUUUCUAAAAAUGCCAGUGUGCUUUAGAGCCUUGUGUCCCCAAUUCUUGUGAGUGUCCUGGACGUGUGACUACUAACCCUAAGGGUUCUCAGCCUUCUUUCAUGUCUGUUUGUGGAACCAAACUAGCCAUAUUAGGCCCAGCCGCCUAUGUCCUGAGGCCAGAGAGAGGAGGGAAUUAGUCCUCUCUGUGCUUUAUCCCAGAGCCUCUCAUCUCCUGAGGAGUCAUGGAAACAUGGACAAGCGUACAGUAUUGAGAAAUGUUGCCCAGAUUCAACUUGUGCCUUGACUCCCAAGGCCUGGCGAGUCGGUUUUGUAUCCCUGCUCCUUAAUAAAAGGCAAUUUGACCUAUUAGGUAACAGUGAAAUUGUCCGCUUUUGUGUAAAAAUGCUUUUAUUGGGUCCUUUGGUCCAGUGAGGUAGACUGACCGAUUAAUUUCAGGGAAAGAUGCUGCCCUCUUGCUGAAUUUUGCCGGAGAAUGUUAGUGGUGGGUGGUGAUGUUCCCAGGGUAAGUGUGGGAUGCUUGUUACUCCCUUUGAAAGGAGUUCUGCCUGGGACCUCCUCAUCUAUCCAGAUGGGAAACAUAUGGCCUGUUGGGUGUAUUAGCCUUGGGAGGGGGGUGGGGACUGGGGUGCUCAGCGGCAAGAGGGUGCAUUAAAUGAAGUUGAUUGUGACUUGACAAAAAUGAAUAAAAGAUCUUGCCUGAACUUCUGUGUUCCUAGGCUGUCAUCAGAGAGUCCCAAGUUGAUCCAGAGAGGGCUGUUAGGAGCUGACUCUGAUAACCAGCCUCAGCUUUAAUGGUCCCUGUUUCUUCUCUCUUCCCACCAGAAAUGUACUCAUACCACCAAGUUUGACCCUGCUGUGUGUUGAAAGGCUCUCUUGAAACUCCAAUAUUACCCCUACCAGCAACAGCCAGGCAACUGAAACUUCUAAGUUUUGCUUUAAUGUUCUUUACCCAAAAUUCAGUUUUGGUAUAUCCAUAGUGACUUCCAUUUUAUUAACCUCUCCUUUUAUCUUUGGGCCUCUGAUUUCUUUUAGUUGAAGCAUCUCUUUGAUUUGAUGAUUAGGGUCCUUAAUUGAUUGAUGCCAGCCUGAGGACAGAUGGGGUCCUGUAGUUCUAGGAGCCUCUUCCUUAACACUCACUUCCCAUCUCUAGCAAUAACUAGCCCACUGCCUGACUUUAAGAAUGCUGGCUUGGCCAUUUCCCACCUUGGCAGAAAUGGAAUUUGAAACUUGCUAGACAUUUAGAGGCAAUUGGGUUCCAAUUAUUGUGUAAAUAUGUGUGAUCGACACUUUAAGUCAGCAGCAUGAGGCAAGUGCACCAUCUUCCCUCUUGGUCACCCAAGAAUCCUUCUGGGUCAUUGGCAUGAAUGUAUUGUUUUCUCCUCAGCUUCAGAUUCAAAUCCAAAUCCCCGCACUCCCCGUUUCCCAGAAUGGCCCAUGCUUGGUUUCUGCAGAACAAACUUGCUGUUGUAGCUGUCUCUACCAGGGUGCCCAGCAGAUCCACACUCAUCUCAACCACUUCAGGCUUGGGCGUAUAUUAUAACAUGCACUGUGCCUUCAAAAAGAAAAAAAAAAUUUCAAAAGGACUUGAUGCGGAACUGAGUGAUAGUAUUUUUUUUAAAGAGCCAAUCUGUAAUUUAUGUGAAAUCUAAAACUGUUAACGAGGUCCUUUUUUUUUUAAACAUGUAAACAGAUCUAAUAAUCGUGCAUAAAGGUUAUUUUAUGA